UGUGUGGCGGCGGUGCUCUGGGACGCUCGUAAACGUAAUAGAAUACUUUUCUAAGCCGGGACCGUUUUUAAUUUUUAGACCAGUGAAUGUUUUGCUUCUCGUAAUGAAUUAAAAUUUUAAUGCAAGCAAUUUUAAUUUCAAGUUAUUAAACAUAAAAAUUAAAUAAACGUGUUUUGUUUUGGGAAUUGAACCAGAAUUCACUGAGUUAAUAUUUCAGUGUAUGAAAAUGAAUAAAAAUGCCUUGGAAUUGUUUUUGGGGAUACGAGUCUCCGCCGCCACUAUGUCGCGUGAGUGGACCAUUAAAUUUUAUAAAUCAGAAGGAGGGCGUAGCACAGGCACAUGCAUUUCGAAGUAAAGUAUUCAAAAAACCGAGGUCCUGCCAAUGGUGUCAUCAACUAGUUCACAACCAGGGUAGCUGUUGCAGAGUUUGUAAAUAUAUCUGUCACAACGGUUGCGAAAGCAAGGUGUCGGGCGCUAUCGAGCUCUCCGACCCGGCCAAUUCAGCGGAGUUAUUACAGCGGCUUCAAAACUCGGAUAAAGCAAGAUUCUCGGAUACAAGUUGGCAAAUCCAUCGGACGUGGGCACGUAAUGGAGACCCGUUGCAGUUGUCACCUCCGCCAUCGCGAGAAGAUAUCUCCGCGCUACCCGCCUCCACCACAGCCGCCAAUGUCUCCACAACCCUUCGCAGUGAUCAAAACGGCAUCUAUGACACCAUCACGACUCGAGCGGUCAGUGCCCCAACAACAUCGGCCUCCGUUUUUGCAAGAGAACAUGGAGGUAUUCGCUCAGUGAGCUACCCCGGUCCAGGCGGCCCCGGAUCUCGUCUCGACUUAUGUUACGUCGCGGAGCGCAUGCUCGCUCUGCACCUGCCAGACAGAGAUGCUCAGGCGGAGGCACAGGCUGCUCAUAUGCUGAACAACAAACAUGGCGAACACUACAUGGUCUUCGAAGUGAGUAGUAACGACGGCAAUGGCGACGGACGCUCAGCGCGUGUCGUGUUCGGUCGCUCGCGCUCGCUGGGCUGGGCGGGCGAGCUCGCACCGCCGCUGGAGCGCCUGUGCGCCGCUUGCAAACACAUCGAGAGCUGGCUAGCAGCACAUCCGAAAAAUGUCGCCAUAUUACUUGCUUGGGGUAACCGAGAGCGACUCGGAGUGCUGGUGGCCGCUUACAUGCAUUACUCGGCGAUAUGCGGGGCGCCGGAACACGCACUCGAUCGCUACGCGAUGCGACGCUACCUCGACGAUAGAGUUCCUGUCUUUCACCUGCCUUCGAACAAACGAUACAUAGACACGUUCGUGGGCUUGCUCGCUGGUCAGAUCCGUGUGAACGCCGCGCCGCUGCAUCUGACUCACGUGAGCGUGGUGGGCUCCCUCGCGGCGCCCACCACGCCCACCAUCGCGUUCUUGAAGAUAUACGAGAACUAUACCUGCAUUUACACCUCAGGGCUGUACAUGGUGAACGGCGGCGGCUGGACGGUGGGCGUGGGCCGGCUCGCGCUCCGGGGCGACGUACUGGUGCGCGCAUACCGCCGGCCUGCGCAUGCGCAAGUCCACGCGCACGCGCCCCAGCGACACCUGGUCUUCGCCUGUCAGUUCCACACCUGCGCUGUCGCCGACCACACCCUCUCUUUUACUAAACAACAACUUGACCACGCUGUGCACGACCCGUCGUUCCCCGCGGACGGCGCGGUGCAGCUGGUGUUCGCGCGCGGCGCGGCCGGCCCCGCGCCGGCGCCCACGCCCGCCGCCCCGCUGCGCGCCGCGCCCGACGCACUCGCGCGCGCCGACUCGCUCGAGCACCUGCGCCCGCUCUCCUCCAUCACGGAUGACGGUCCAGGUGACAAUAACGGCAGCGCAGAGGGUUCAGGGUCUGGCGGGGAGACGGGCGAAGGGGCGGAGGCUGCACAUACAUUCGGGCCACUAGACGGAUCUAUCUACGCGACAGUAGUCCGUCCGGGCGGCGGACCUUCCUCUCCGCUCAGCGCAUCGAUGGACUCGGGCAUCUCGUCGGCGGGCCGGCGCGCCGCCCCCAGCCCGCCCGACGAGCUGGACGCGCUGCUGGGCGACAUGCUGCGGACGGUGAGCGCGCUGCCCGACCCGCCGCCGACACCCCAGCCUCAGCCGCAGUCGCACGCCGACCGCGCUCCCGACAUACCGUACCACGCGCGCGCCGACUCCGCGCCCUUCACCUACGGAGCACCCGGCCUGAAGCCCGGCAUGCUGCGCGCCUCCAACCGCCUCGCCAGCCCCGAGCUGGUGCGUCGGGCGCUCGGCAGCGACCGAGGGUAUCGAGCUAUCGAGGACGACGACGACGAGCGCACUGUCACCCCGGAUUCAUCUCAACAGACGCCGCUAUCACCGCGCACCCUUCGUAAAUUUACUCACGAUGACAUCACCACGACAACGACUACAACCAUCCCACCUCCAACUGCACCCGUAAGCAACGGAAAAUGGUUGAAUGGCGACGCGGAAUGGAUUGAACGCCCACCGAGCAGCGCAAGAAAAAGUGAAAAUGGUACGUGGCGUUCUAACAGCACAACGGAAUGGCAAGAUGUUAGUACGAUACGUAGGGAACCAAGGAGAUCGGAAGGAAACAACGUGGAAACAAACUCUGGCCUCACGUGGCUGCAGAGACAGCAACAGAAAUUACGAGAGAGGAAAGAAGCUAGGGAAAGGGUCGCUCGACUGCCGCUCGAGUGGGACGCGCCUUCCCGACAUGUGCGCCGGUCGGCAAGCCAUCGUGUUGAUGGAUAUACAAGCGACACUACAGCAUUUGCUGAUGAUGAUGACGACUUCAGUGUACCACUCCACGUCAACACGCGCACUCCUCUCAGGACUGAUAGCAUCAGCCCACAGGCUCCAGACAGAACCUCAUCUAGAAAAUUCAUGUAUGAAAAGAUGACGAUGCGCGAGUGGAGUACGAGCAGCACCCCUACAAGUACACAAGCGCCCGGUCUACUGUCACUAGCGGAGCCCAACAAUAAUGACACAAUUAGUUGGUCCAGAAGCUCCUCCAGAGCGGGGACGCCGGCGUUCCCCACGCACCCGCGCACGCCGUACCCGCCCACGCCCACACCCUCGCUCAGCGCACGACCGCCGCGGUCGCCCACCGUGUCUAGGAAAGACCGCGAAGGCAGCCCGGAGUCCGAGUACCGGGUGUACAGCGGCAGCGCGGCCGCCGGCUCGCGGCGCCCCAGCGCGAGCGCGGCCGAACCGCAGCACGUGGCGCCCGACCGCGUGCGGUUCGCGCGCGACACCAGCCACUACUGGUACAAGCCCAGCAUCUCGCGGGACGACGCCGUGGCAGCCCUGCAACAACUAGAAGAGGGGGCUUUCAUAGUGCGCGACUCGAACUCGUUCCCGGGCGCGUUCGGGCUGGCGGUCCGCGCGGGCGGCGGCGUGCGGCACUUCCUGGUGGAGCCCACGGCGCGCGGCGUGCGCCUGCGCGGCUGCCCCGACGAGCCCGUGUUCGGCUCGCUGUCGGCGCUGGUCUACCAGCACACCGUCACCCCGCUGGCGCUGCCGGUGCCGCUCAGGCUGCCCGACAGAGAUCCUUGGUCCGGCGGUAGUGCGAGUGCCGCAGCGCGCGCUUUGCUCGCGACCGGCGCCGCUUGUAACGUGCUAUUACUCGGCUCAGAAAAUACCGAAGCGCUCACUGGCCCUGCAGCUGUUAAGAGGGCAGUCCAAAAUAUUCUGCAGAAAAAGGCCGCGGGUCACGUGGUCCACUUCAAGGUGUUCGGCGGCGGCAUCACGCUGACGGACGCGGCGCGCAAGCUGUUCUUCCGGCGCCACUACCCCGCCGCCGGCGUGUCGUACGCCGGCCUCGACCCCGACGAGCGCCGCUACACGCACGUCGACGCCGGCACGCAAACGGAGAAACGUAUCUUCGCGUUCGUGGCGCGCGCGUCGUCGGGCGCCGACAACCAGUGCCACGUGUUCGCCGAGCUCGAGCCCGAGCAACCCGCCACUGCGAUCGUCAACUUCGUCAAUAAGGCUCUCCUUGGAAAUUCACAGAAGAGGGAUAUUAUUUAACAAAGUGCAAGUUCGAAACGAGGCAGAUUUCUCGCCCUACCGUUAACUAACAAUACUCACUUUAAUGUGUCAAACACGAAGACGGAUCACGAUUCUUAUUCCACGAAUGAAAUCACAAUUUUAAUUGUCUAUUCCACUAUCUAUAAAAUUAUCUUUAUUAUUUAUAUGAACAGGUUUAUUGGUUUUUAAGAAUUAUUAAAAUAUUUAAUUUUCAAAGAUUUACAAGUACGCUUCAUAUUCACCAAGUACGUUGUACUACUAUAAUUUUAAUAUAAAAACAAAUAAAAAUAUAUUAUAUAAAUAAUUUAGUGUAGGAAAGAAACUAACUAGUCUCAUCGUCUAAUGUAAUAUAGAUUAGAGUCGUGCGUGCCUAACAUUACUGUGUUAAUGUUUAUAAGAUAAAGAAAUAUAUUAUGGACUCUAUAACGACCUAAAUAUGAACUCUGUUUAGAUAUGGUUAAGAGUACACGUGCAUACGAUAUACGGUUAACUGCCUACAAGUACAACGAAGUAACAAACAAUAUAUAAGUACAAUUGUCCAGAUACAAGCUUAUGAAGAAUUUGUUAUGUUAAGAUCACAAUGUGGCUUUUAAAAAGCUGCAGCAGAACUCCAAAUAAGUCCAACAAUAUAAUGUUAGGAGGAAAACAAAGCCAAGUACCUAUAAAUUUGCCUUAAAGUUUUUUUCAUAGUAAAGCUUCGAUGAUAAUAUGGUAUACCUACAUAUAAAAGCUAUAAAUAAAAUGCCUUAACAGUGAUCUAAUGAGUAUAAUAUAAUAUUAUAUCAUAUUAUAAAGUUAUAAUUUUAACGGUUCAAUUGUACCCAGUUAAUUUAACAUAUACCUAUACUAUAAGAAUAACUGUUGUCAAAUGUAUUUAUUGGUUAUAAUAAAUCAUUUAAAAUAUA